UCAGGGACUCACUCUCUGAGAUAUUUUCACCCUGUUGUUUUGGAUCCUGGCCCUGGAAUCCAUGAAUUUAUCUUGGUUGGGUAUGUGGACUCACACCCUAUCACCACCUGUGACAGCGUCACUAGCCAGAAGGAGCCUCGGGCUCCAUGGAUGGUGGAGAACCUGGUGCCUGAUCCCUGGAAGAGGUACACUCAGCUGCUAAGGGGCUGGCAGCAGAUGUUCAAGGUGGAACUGAGGCAUCUGCAGAGGCACUACAAUCACUCAGGGCUUCACACUUACCACAGAAUGAUUGGCUGUGAGUUGAUGGAAGAUGGCAGCACCACAGGCUUGCUUCAAUAUGCAUAUGAUGGACAAGAUUUCAUCAUCUUCAACAAAGAUACCCUGUCCUGGUUGGCUAUAGAUAAUGUGGCUCUCAUCACCAAGAGGGCAUGGGAGACCAAUCAGCAUGAAUUACAUUACCAGAAGAACUGGUUGGAAGAAGAAUGUAUUGCUUGGCUAAAGAGAUUAUUGGAGUAUGGAAAAGAUACCUUAGAAAGAACAGAGCCUCCAGUGGUAAGAGCAAGUUGCAAAGAAACUUUUCCAGGGACUACAGUUCUCUUCUGCAGAGCUCAUGGCUUUUACCACCCCUCCCCCCAAGAAAUUUCCAUGGCAUGGAUGAAAAAAGUGGAAGAAAUUGCCCAAGAGGUAGACUAUGGAGACAUUCUUCCCAAUGGGGAUGGAACGUAUCAAAACUGGGUGUCAGUUGAUCUGGAUCCUCAGAGCAGGGAUGUUUAUUCAUGUCUUGUGGAGCGCAGUGGCCUCCACCUUAUUCUUGAGGCCCCUUAG